CUGCUGCUGCUGCAGCACGAGACCGCUCCGGUACCGGAUCCGGAGAACUGAUCGAUCAUCGCAUGAGGAUGGAAUGAAUCCCUGAGCGGGAAAAUGGGAAACCAUGGCAACGGAUCUGACAGGCUGAGUUAGAGGAGCCGUUUAAUUCAGCGUUUUACCUCAGGUAAGAGUUUAAAUCUGACAUUUUUAUCAGACACAGGCGACGAUAAACUGCAGGAAUAUUAAAACAGAUGAAAUCUGACCCGAGCUAAGAUAUAACCAAACCAAAUAUUGACAUUUAAGGGUUAUAAAUUCUGUUUUAUCUCGACCGAAAUACAGACAGACUCCAACAUUUCAUCAGCUUAUCUUUUCCUCCAGCAUUUUUCGACAUGUUUUGAUGGUUUUAUGUAUUUUUCAGUGGAUUAAGUAUUUAAAUUAGAUAAAUGUCUGCUUAUGAAAUCAAAAAUCAGUCAGGUUAAUCUGAAAUGUGAAAGAAAGGACACAGUUUAUUUGAAUUUUGGGUAGUCGUGGUCUAAAAUGUAAGCAAAUGCUCGAAUAAAGUCAACCAGAUCAACUUAAUCUGAUCUGUUUAUUUUCAUCUGUUGUAUCUUUUGGGUUUCAGUGAUUUUUUUUUCUUUAAAUGUGAAAAACACGAUUCAAAACACUAAAAAUAUUUCACUUCUUUUUCGUAUCAUUAUAACGAGUGAGACUUUAGCGUUAUGACGUGUUCGGCGAUUUUUUUUUCCUUUCUUAACAUCGAUUUAUACCUUAAGACUUGAGAAUAAGAAUUUUGACAAAAUACAUUUAUUUGUCAAUAUUGCGUUACGGCGAAUGGGUUUUAAAUGUUGGCGCUGUUGUGCGUGAAAGAUAGUUAGAGACGCCAAGACGCAAAAAAACUCAGCGUUUUAGUUAACAAGUCGGAAAAAAGCAAAAUCGAAGGUGGAAACAAGAUGGCUACAUCUACGAAAGUUAUUUUAGCGCUUGCCUUGUCCGAAUAUAAGACAAGCGCUAAAAUAACUUUUGUAGAUGUAGCCAUCUUGUUUCAGGCCUCCGAUUUUGUUUUUUUCCGACCUGGUAACUGAAACGCUGGGAACUCGGGUGCAACGUCAUUUUUUACCUCCGACAUCUGACUUGCAAGGAAACUGGAACGCAGCAAAAAUGUCGGCGCUGUUGUGCGUGAAAGAUACUUAGAGACUCCAAGACCCCACAAGAAACCCAAUGUUUCAGUUACUAAUUCGGAAAAAAGCAAAAUCGGAGGCCUGAAACAACAUGGCUCUCCGAAUACUACGCAAGUGCUUAAAUAACUUUCGCAGACAUAGCCACUUUGUAAGUUAUUUUAGCACUUGCCUACUAUUCGGACAAGGCAAGCGCUAAAAUUUCUUUCGUAGAUGUAGCCAUCUUGUUUCAACCUCUGAUUUUGCUUUUUUCCGACUUAGUAACUGAAAUGCUGAGUUUUUUGGGGUCUUGGCGUCUCUAACUAUCUUUCACGCACAACAGCGCCGACAUUUAAAACCCACUCAACAUAACGCAAAAUAAAAUUCUUGUUACAAUUUUCAUACAAAUAAACAAAGCAUUGACCGUUUUUUUCAUUUUUCGUUUACUAGAUUGAGUAAAACAGACGGGAUGAUGAAUGAAUUCCCGCCUCUCAUAUUUUGUUUUGUGGUCAGAAUCAGAGGAUGUCAUUCAACUCAUAGUUUUAUCAUAAAACAUGAUAUUAUUUAAUACAACGGGAUAAAACAUGAACAGAUACAACUCAUAAUGACACAUUAAAAUAGGACUUCAUAUAAAACUAGAGACUGAUAAUAAAAUAUUACAGUGAUAAUGAUUUUUGUCGUAAAUCAUCAUAUUGAUUUUUAAACUCCAAAAGAGGAAAAUUGGAGGACCUCUAAAUGUAGCAGUGAAUCAGGUGCAAACAGAACAAACACAAACAUUUGUCGUGUGCAGCCGCAGAGGAUCGCGGUUCGAAAGCGCCUCCAGAAAAAUUCAGUUAAACAACCAAAGAGACGAGGAGGGUUUAAGGGGAGGUAAAUCCACAGACAGACAUCAUCAUCAUCAUCCUCGCCGCCGCCGCCGUCUUCCUGCUCAUCCACCCAGACUACUCUGAAUUCCUCCGCACGGGGUUGAGCUGAGGACACGCACGCACACACACACACACACACACACGCAGACUGCUCACGCCCAGUGCAGCAUCAGCAAGUGUGUGUUAUUUUUUCAUAUUCCACACACACACACACACACACACACACACACACACACACACACACACAGACUGCUCACGCCCAGUGCAGCAUCAGCAAGUGUGUGUUAUUUUUUCAUAUUCCACACACACACACACACAUGUGCAGUCGAGUGGAAGACACACGCUUCACUUGCCAAUCAGCCUCACACGCACACACACACGUGUCCUAAUAAUGUCAGAUCCUACAGGCGUGUGUGUGUGUGAUAUUCAAAUACACAUAAACACUGCUGGCUCUGUCCAAUGAAACACACACACACACACACACUUAAAGCAUUUCUGUUUUCAAUCCACAGAUUUCAGUCUCAUUAAAUCUUUAUUUCCACAAAAUCAAUUAUGUAGCACACACACACACACACACACACACACACACACAUACACACACACACACACUGACCCAGUUUUCAGUGUGUGUGUGUGUGUGUGUGUGUGUGUGUGUGUGUGUGUGUGUGUGUGUGUGUGUGUGCAGAAGGACUACAUAAAAGCAUCAAGUACGUUAAAACCGUGGUCUCCCUCCGCCGCUGCAGCGUCUCUCUUCCUGUUUUAUCUCCAGGUCUCCGUGGUGAAACAUGUCUUCCUCCUCCUCUUCCUCCUCCCCCUCCUCGUCUUCCUCGGAGCUGCCCUACUUUUGUCCUCGCUGCGGGGACCAGCUUCGUUUCUCGUCGGUACCUGAGCUCAGGGCUCACCUGGUCGGCCGUCACACCUAUGAGACCCUGCUGGUGCUGUCGCAGGUAAGACCAUUGUAAUGAAAACGGUUCGAUCGUCUCCUCCGCUGAUUUGUUUUUGGUGAGAACUCAGAAUGAAGCUGACGUUCUCAGUCGUCUGUGAGUAUCACCCCCAAUUUCCAACGCAUCCGGAACGGCUCAGAUCUGGAAUUUCGCCGUCUGCCAAUUCCUACCAGAUCUGUUCAUGAGGCGAAUUUCGUGGCGGAUUACGGACAGCCAGAAUCACAAGAACCCGCAGAUUCACGUUCAGUCGCACGAUAACAAGUUGUCUCUCUAAAGACAGACACAUAGACAUAUAAGCAGUAGAUUGUGUCCUUCCAGAGGAGGAAAUCUACUUCUAGACUUCUAGAAUCAGCAUCUCCUCAUCCAUGGUGUCAUCGGGGUGAAAUGACGUCUAAAAACCUUUCACUUGUUCGUCUCCGCCCGUUUGCAUGCACCUUCGCAUCUAUGAAAUUUACUUUGUAAGUGGCGAGCCAGCCAGGAGCCAGAUGGAACAAUGGCCAUUUUCACCAUCCACCAAUUCCUACCUGAUCCGUUUGUGAUGCAAAUUUCGUGGCGGACUACGGAGAAGUAUUUACAGUUCUUCGUUAAAGUGAUAACUGGACUUACUUGAGACGUUUUGCAAGAAGGUCCAGUUGUUCUUUCCAAAAGAGUGUUACCCCCGUUUUUCACCGCAUCCGGAAUGGCUCUGAUCUGGAACAGCGGUGAUUGUUGCCUACCGGAUCUGUUGGUCAGGCAAUGUUUCGUGGUGGAUUACAGACAGCAGUAAUCCCAAGAACUCACAAGAACCUGCAGAUUCACGUUCAAUCACGCGAUAACGAGUUGUCUCUAUAAAGACAGACACAUAGACAUAUAAGCAGUAGAUUGUGUCCUUCCAGAGGAGGAAAUCUACUUCUAGACUUCUAGAAUCAGCAUCUCCUCAGAGAACUCUUGUGAUCAGCUGAGGAGUCCGGCGAUCCGCAGAGGAACGGAAAGAAGUCGGUGUAAAUUGACACGUUAACUUGAAUGGUUACGAUCAGCUACGAUCGGAGGAUACGACCUUUUAGGAGACGAUCAGGAUGAAGGUGGAGGUCGGGGGUAACUCUCUUUUGAAAGGCGAAACGUCCCAAGUAAGUCCAACUGUCCUUUCAACGAAGAACUGGAAAUCAUAGAUGCUGCAUCCUCAGUUCCAUAUCUCCAGGUUUAGGAGCAACAUCUGCGUCCAUCCAGACAACAGUUGAUGUGAGACGUCCGUCAGUUUUUUCCCCUAAAGUCAGGAUAGAGUCAGAAGACAAAGACGUGAAACUUUUGGAUAUUUUCAAGAUGGACGUUGAGUAAACUUUAAAGCCAUGUAUUUUUAUUCGUUCAGACUCACAGAGAUGAAUAAUUCCAUCAUUUCAGGCGCGGGUUAGAAGUUCCAGACCUGGGGCCCUCCUCCCUCUCCCAGGCCAAGCUGUAUCCCAAAGACAGAGCUCCUCCUCGGGGAUGGGAGCGCGCAGCCUCCCCCUGCCGCUGGCCUGCCUGGACCUGGCCUCCUCGUCCGCCUCCGUCCAGCUGCUCAGGGAAAUGUUCGGCCCUCCAGGAGAUCCGGCUCUCCCCUCCUCUGCUGGACCUUCAGAAGUCCCCUCCACCGCUCUGGCCCUCCCCGGCUCCGUGGGGCCUCAGGGUCUGGGUCAGGUGGGGCUCCAGCUGGGUCUGGACCUGGGGUUGUCGGUGGGGAUCGGAUUAGAGGAGCGACUGGGACUGGGGCUGGAUCACAGAAUCGCUCGGACGUUCGCGGAGGUGGAGGAGAGAGUAAACCGCCGCAUGGGUCGACUGAGGGUGGAGCUACAGAGGAGGGAGGCGGAGCUUGACCGAGAGAGGCGAGAGGCGGAGCGACUCAAGUGUGAGAAACAAGAGGUGGAGGACAGGGCGGCAUACCUGAGCAGGCAGGUGGGUGGAGCUAUGCCUGUCGAUAACAGCGGCAUUAAUAACCAAGAGUGUGUGACGUGAUCAGAGUCUGGGUGUGUCUCCACGAUCUCUCAGGUCUCCGCCGCCGUGGAGAUGAUGGAGCGGUUAAAGACGGAGAUGGACGGGAAAGAGAGAGAGCUGAACGAGCGCCAACAGUCAGUGUCUGUGUGUUUUCCUCCACAUUCGUGUGUCUGUACGUCUCCGUCCGCCUCGUCUUAUAGCUUGGCUGCUGAUUUUAAAAACAUGAUAAAUGAUCCACAGCUCCUCAAACACGUAUUUAAAUCCUGAAACGAUAAAAAGGUGUUUGUUAAAGUUUGUGUUUCUGCGUUAAAAUGACAUUAAAGAGUCAAAACAGCAGUCUGAACUGACACUGUCACAGCGGUCUGAGCCUUUAGGAGUCCAGGUCUACAGUAGUCCACGUCUAUUCCAGCUGUUUUCGAUCAUUUUAAGUCUGUGACGGUCUAAUCCUGAAUCAGCUGAAGUCUUAAUCUGACUUCAGAGCUCAGGUUUAAGUCUGGAUCAGCUCUGAGUUUAAACCAGAUCGAUGUGAUUUGACGUUUUCUCUGAUCUGCUGUUUUAAUGUUCUGAACAGGAAACAACAUGAAGCUGAGAAAGAGGACGCUGUCGUGUUCAGUCUGCAUCACUGACCACACUAACACACACAUACAUGAACAUGCACACGCACACACACACAGCUGUGGUCUGCGGUGAUGAUAAAUAUAAGAUGACAGUGAAGUUGAACAGCCCUGAGGGUGUGUGUGUGUGUGUGUGUGUGUGUGUGUGUGUGUGAGUGUGUGUGUGUGCGUGUGUGUGUGUGGUCAGUGUCCCAGUUUGUGUAUCUCUUUUAUCUAAAUGUUGUUUAUUUUUCAUGGUCAUUGUUUUUGCAAACAAAUACAAAUUAUAUAAAUAUAACAACAACAAUAAUAAUGAUAAUUAUAAUAAUAAAUAAUAAUUAAAAAAUUAUAAUAAAAAUAAAACAAUUAUAAUAUUAAUAAUAUAAUUAAUAAUAAUAAAAUAAUAAUUAUAAUAAUAAUAACAUUAAUAAUAAUUAGUAUUAUAUUAACAAUAUUAAUAAUUACCAUAAUAAAAAAUAAUCAAAAUAAAACCAUAAAAAUAUUAAUAAUACAAUUAAUAAUAAUAAAAAUAAUAAUUACAAUAAUAAUAACAUUAAUAUUAUUAUUUUAAUAAUAAUUAUUAUAAUAAAAAUAAUAGUAAUACAAAUAAUAAUAAUAGUUAUAAAAACUAGUAGUUAUAAUGUUAAUAAAAACAACAAUAAUAAGAAUAAUCAUUAUCAUUAUUAUUAUUAUAACAAUAAUAACAAAAUGAUAAUAAUAAAAUGGUAGCUAGAAUAAUUAAAACAAUAAUAUAAAUCAUGAUAAUAAUAAUAAUAACAAUUAGAGUAAUCAAAAUUCUAAAAUAACAGUAAUAAUAAAAAUAUAGUCGUUGUUAUAAUAAUAAAAUAAAAAAGAUACAUAAAUAAUGAUAAAAAUAAUGAUUAUAAUAAUAACAUUACUAAUUAUUAUAUUAUUAUAAUUAUUUUAAUAAUAUAAUAAUAAUUAUAAUAAUUACAGUAAUCAUAAUUAUAAAAUAAAAAUAGUAAUAAAUUAGUUGUAAUAAUAAUAAAAUAAAAAUAAUAGUUUAAAUAAAAUUAUAACAAAAACAAUAGUUAUUAUAAUAAAACAAAAAUAAUAAUAAUUAUAAGUAAUAAAAAUGUAUUAUUAUAAUUAUAAUAAUAUCAAUACAAUUAUAAUAUCAACAAAAUAAAAAAAAAUUAUAGUAAUACCUAUUUUAAAAUUAUAUAUAAUAAUAAUGAUAAUAACUACAAUAACAAUUUAUCCUGAUAAUAACAAUAACAAUAAUAACAUCAAUAAUGGGGUUGUGUUUUCAGAGAGAUGGUGGACAUCGAGUGUUUCCUGAGGGAGACCGCAGAAAAGGAGGCUAAGGCCAAAUCUAGACUUCAGGUGACCAACAAACAUCUUGUUUCUGUUUCUGUUCUCUGUUUUUAUUUUAAUUUACUGGUUUUAAAGAUUUUAAACUUUUUAAAGUUUCUAAAUGUAAAGAAGUUCACAGUUUAAGUUUUGUUCCUUUUACCUUCAUAAUCCUGCAACAUCAACUUGAAAUAAAUAAAAACAAUUAAAAACAAAAACCUGUUUGAUUUCAGGUGUUCAUCGAGACGCUGCUGGAGCGAGCCGACCGCGCAGAGAGACAACUCCUGCUGCUCUCCUCGCAUUCACAACACAACCGCUACACACACCACCACAGCAGGUAUACACACCCAGACGCAUACACCAACCCGUACUUAUUCACAGAGGGAUACACACCUGUACUCAGCCGAGGAGGACGCAGUCUGGACACCAGCACCGACGACAUUUUGGCGGGAAAGAUGCAGGGAACCAUCAGCAACCGGGUGAGAAAACAGAGAGAGAAAAACAGAUUUAUUUUUUUCUGUUUUUUUGAGGGAAAGUUUUUUCAUUUGCCUCUUCUUCCUUCGUUAGAGGAGUUACAGCGUCUCCGGCUCCUACAGACUCGGGGAGCAGCUCUACAGCCAACAUCACUUCAGGUACGAGAGCACACCUGAGAAACACCUGAGACCCUCCCCCUCUGACACAAACACAAACCUUAAAUACUCGACUCUUAUCUCUCUAAUGUGUCUCAGCGGUCCCACCAGCCGUAUGCGGACCUUGUCUUUAGGUUCAGGGGGGUGGGACGGUGAGGGAGGCUCCACCCCCACCUCUACGCUUCACCCUUUGACCCUCAUUUUUGCCUGUAAAGAUAAGGUCCAAGCUCUUUGACCCUCAUCUUCGCCUGCAAAGAUCAGGUCCAAGCCCUUUGACCCUCAUCUUUUCCUGCAAAGAUCAGGUCAAAGCUCUUUGACCCUCAUCUUCGCCUGCAAAGAUCAGGUCAAAGCUCUUUAACCCUCACUUUUUCCUGCAAAGAUCAGGUCAAAGCUCUUUGACCCUCGUCUUCGCCUGCAAAGAUCAGGUCAAAGCUCUUUAACCCUUAUAUUUCCUGCAAAGAUAAGGUCCAAGCUCUUUAACCCUCAUCUUCUCCUGCAAAGAUCAGGUCCAAGCUCUUUGACCCUUAUCUUCGCCUGCAAAGAUCAGGUCAAAGCUCUUUAACCCUUAUAUUUCCUGCAAAGAUAAGGUCCAAGCUCUUUAACCCUCAUCUUCUCCUGCAAAGAUCAGGUCCAAGCUCUUUAACCCUUAUCUUCGCCUGCAAAGAUCAGGUCAAAGCUCUUUAACCCUCACUUUUUCCUGCAAAGAUCAGGUCAAAGCUCUUUGACCCUCGUCUUCGCCUGCAAAGAUCAGGUCAAAGCUCUUUAACCCUUAUAUUUCCUGCAAAGAUAAGGUCCAAGCUCUUUAACCCUCAUCUUCUCCUGCAAAGAUCAGGUCCAAGCUUGUUGACUCACACACACACGUUUACGAUCUUUAUCCACACUCACAUAUCUAAUACUCUACUCUCGUCUCUCAUCUCUGUCACAGCGGUCCCACCAGCCGUAUGCGGACCUUGUCUUUAGGCUCAGGAGGGUGGGACGGUGAGGGAGGGUUCGUCCAACUCCACCCCCACCUCUACGCUUCACCCUGGACCCGGAGAGAGAGAGGGGGAGGAGAGGGGAGGAGGGAGAGACAGUGGUACGUAAAAAAACAAAUCCGUCUUAUCAGGGAUGAACUUUACAGGUUUUAGAUCGUCUUCUUCUUCUUGUAUUUGUAGGGUCGGGGAGGGCGGAUGUGGGAGAACGUGGAGCAGAGGAAACCGGCGCCACCACAGCACUGAGGAGGAGGAGGAGGAGGAGGAAGAGGAGGAUGAGGACGGAGAGGAGGAGCAGGGAUUCUGGAGCAGUGCUGAAAUGAGGAGGCUCAUCUUCGCAGGGUCGCACACGCCUGCUUCAGGUAACACGCCACCUGUUCUGUCCUGUCAUCUGUUUAGUCCGCCUCUUUUUUACUCUCCCCCUUCCUCCCCCCUGCAGAAGUCCCAUCUUCACUUGACUCCACCCCCUCCCGUCGGCACGGUGACAGAAACUUAGGGGCGGACACCUUGAAGCUCAGGGCGGGGCUUUUCUGUGGUGUUUCCGUACCUCGACGUGCGCUCGCUGCUGCGUGCCGCCGAGGUCUGCUCUGAUUGGCGGUUUGUUGCCAGGCACCCGGCGGUUUGGACACGCCUCCGGCUGGAGAACGCCAAAGUGUCGGCUGAGGUAAUUAUCGUUAAACUUAAACGAUCAUUAUGGAGAGAAAAGAGGAAAUGUUUUCAGAUUAAUCAGCAUUUGUUGUGUUUGUGUUUGUGUGUGUUUACGUGUGUGUGUGUUUAUGUGUGUGUGUAGUUCCUGAUCACUCUCUCUCAGUGGUGUACUCAGACUCAGUCUGUCGUUCUCAACAACCUGAAACCUCGAAGCAGACGAGCUAACGAGUCCAGAGAGGAUUACCACAAGAUCACACGGUACAGCGGGGACUCAAGGUUCAAGAAAAGAUCAAUUCAUGGGCGCUCGCGAAUAAACGGCGAAUGUUCGAACACGAAUAUUUGCUUAAAUAUCUAAAAAAAGAGGUUAAACGUAUUUCCUCGUAAAUCAAUCCAGAUUUAAGAGUUUGAUAAAUAUCCAAGAGUCUGUAAUCUAAUCCAAUGAACAUGUAGAAUCACCGGCGAUCCAACGUUUGAUGGUUAACCGGUAAAAACAGGAUUAUUUAUCAGAUUGUUGUGAUAAAAAAAGAUCGCUAAUGUCUUACGAGCUGUUGUGAUGACGUCUUUUUCCGACAAACUUUCGACCAAUUACAUGGUUGCAUAUUCUUCUCAUAUUCUUAGUGAACCGGAUCCUAAAGAUUUACAAACUGCACGUCCUCCCUCAGUCAAAGUCAACCUGUUUGAUCAGGUCCAAGCUCUUUAACCCUCAUCUUCUCCUGCAAAGAUCAGGUCCAAGCUCUUUAACCCUCAUCUCCUCCUGCAAAGAUCAGGUCCACGCUCUUUAACCCUCAUCUCCUCCUGCAAAGAUCAGGUCCACGCUCUUUAACCCUCAUCUCCUCCUGCAAAGAUCAGGUCCACGCUCUUUAACCCUUAUCUCCUCCUGCAAAGAUCAGGUCCAAGCUCUUUGACUCUUAUCUUCGCCUGCAAAGAUCAGGUCCGAGCCCUUUAACCCUCAUCU